AUGAAUAAAAAUGUUAUUUUUAUAUUUAAAUCUCCCGUAACAUUAGCUGGUGACCCAAUAAAUGGAUAAUGCUGUAUUAGAAUAACUCAGGAGCUACCUAAAUGUCUGAUAAGUCUUUCAUUUUAUGCUAAGCAAUAUUCAAAGCUAAUUUAGAAAAGAAAGGUAUGCUAAAUAAAUGAAAAAUCGAGCUUCCUAAUGUUACUCCGAAUUCGAUACUAGAAAAAGAACUAGAGAAAAUAGAAAGAAUUCAAGUCUCAAUAGAUUCACCAUAAAAAACCCAAAAAUAAAAAAAAUAUGAACUCAAUGGAAAUGUGAUUUAUAGAAUCAUAAGGUAAUAUGGAGUACAGAAAGUCUUGCUUAGCUCUUAAGAAUUAUUUAAAGGAUAAGUAAAUCCAGGAGAUUAUAAAUUUUUCUUUUCUCUACCAACCAAAGAGAACAUGUCAUCAAGUUUCUUCUACACAAGUCAAGAUGGUAAUAAUUAUUGGAUAUGAAAAUAAAGGAUUAAAAUCUGGAAAAUGCAGCUAUAAGAUAACGCUUCAGAUUGAAAAUCUAGAUGAGUGUCUUAAUAUUCUGAAAGAAAGUGCAGAAGUAUAUAUAAAUGCAAGAGUGUAAUCUAGUGUAGAAAUUCAAAGACAAAGUGAGGCCAAUAUUAUAUCAUAUUUUUGCUUAAAUGGAGGAAUAGCCUAUUUGUCAAUAAAGUUAAAUAAAUCUAAUUUUACACCAGGAGAACAAGCAAUAAUUGAAUAUCAAAUUGACAAUUCCUUCUCGUCAAAAAAUAUUAAUAGGGUUGAAAUAAGACUGAUUAACAAAUUAUUGUUCAUCGAUGAUGAUUAAGUUGAUAGAUUAGUUUUAAACCAAGUGGUUUUCUCUAAAAUCCUAUCAGGGGUAAAUUAAGGAUAAAGAUUAGAAGCACAAAUCGCUUAGUUUGAAAUCCCAAAAAACUUAAAAGCUUCUGUAAGAAAUCAAACGAUUUCGAAUCAAUAUUUCUUGCAAAUAGAGGCUCUCAUAGUAUUUUAUUUGAUUUUUUGAAAUUAGGAUCAACUUCUAAUUAGCUUAUCAAAUCCAAUCCUCUGCCAAAUACCAAUCAACAUCUAAGAAUCUCGAUUUCAAUAGGUUGUUAAUCUAGAUGGAUGGAAUUUCGUUCCAAUUUUAAACGCUAGUGUUAAUGCUUUUUCUAAUCUAACUGUUCAACAAUCGUUUAUUCCAACAUGA